AUGCCGCCGAGAUUACCUCUCGCCCAGGCGACCCGCAGCGCAGCUGCGGCCGCAAUUGACACCUCCGUUUGCAGACCAAUUGCCGCCGCCAGCAGUCUCGUCUUCCUCUUCGCCGGCCUCUCGAUCCAGUCGUCACAGCAGACUCGCAGCGCCUCGAUUCUUUCUAGUCUGUCCGAUAAUCCCGGGGCGUAUCACAAGCGCCAGAGGGUUGGUCGUGGUCCGUCGUCAGGUUAUGGCAAGACUUCUGGCCGCGGUACCAAGGGCCAGUGGCAGCAUGGAAAGGUCAAGCCUUGGUUCCAAGGCGGCCAGACGCCGCUUAUUGUGAGCCAUGGUAGGAUGGGGUUUAUUAAUCACCGGGCGCCGGAUAUGCACGUCGUGAACCUCGACCGUCUUCAGGAAUGGAUCGACGCCGGCCGGAUCGACCCCACUAAGCAGAUCACUCCCCGUGAGAUCAUCAAGUCAGGCAUUGUCGGUCGUCAUAUCAAGGACGGCAUUAAGCUUCUCGCUCGCGGCAAGGAGAAGCUCAGGACGCCCAUCGACAUCUGCGUGUCGCGUGCCUCUGAGGAGGCUAUCAAAGCCGUUGAAGCUAUCGGCGGCAAGGUCACGACCCGUUACUACACCAAGGUCGCUAUCAAGCGCCUCGUGCAGGGCGAAAGCAUUCACACCGACCAGCCGAUCCCCUACGGCAAGCAGCAUGUUAAAGAGGUGCUGGAGAAAGUGCGCAACUCGGAUAAGUACUAUUAUCUCUUACCCGACCCGACGAGCAGGAAGGAUAUCGAGUACUACCGCGAUCCUGCGCACCGGGGUUAUCUCAGUCAUACUCUGAAGCCAGGCGAGUCGCCCAGCUUGUACUUCAAGGUACCAAGCACUACAAAUGAAUUUGCGAAGCCCAAGUCGAAGAGGAAGCAGCAGGAGAUGGAGUACAAGCUGUUCUAA